CCGCCAGUAUGUCACCUUCGCCUAGGGUGUGGUUGGUGCCCGUCCUCAUCGCUGUGCUGGGUUUACUUCUUAUACGUCGAGAAUAUGGCCAACCCGUCGAAUUUAUUCUGACCAAUAACAGAAGCUCUCUUCUCUUAUCAAGUACUCCACAGCGGCUGCUAGACAUCGAUGACGCCCUGGUAUCAGAAACCAAUCCAGCACGAGAAGAUGGCACUUUUGAUUAUGAGCGCUGUGCAAGGCUGCACAAUUAUCUCGUCGCGUAUGGAUGGAUGGCGCAUCACGAGCGAGAAGUGGACGACCUUCAAGAAUUGCUGGACCGGCCGUCCUUUUUUGAACUCGAGCGCGGCGAGUCACUGUUCCCUAUGCACCGCCUGAAUCCAGAAAUGAUUUCAUUCCUGCAAUCUAUUAUUCUGCCGGGUCCUCGUGAAGGAUUGUUCUACUGGGUGGCCGAAGUGGACAUGUCCCCAGCUGAUCUUUACAUGGAUGGGGAAAGCAUGCUACGCAACAAGGAGCGUUUUGUCAUCCUCUACAACUCUUGGGUGGAAUUCGGAUCGCAUGGUAUCGGCCUCUUAUUUGAUCAGAAGCGGAAUCGUGUAGCGAUGCCCCUUGUGAUUGAGAAUCUUGAAAGCAUCGAGCCUAUCAAGAACCAUUUGGACAUGUGGUUCCCGCUCGAGACGAUGCUGACCAACUGGAUUCACAUGCUUCGCAUUGGCAAAAUCACUGCUAGUCCGCCGGAGCACGAGUUCCCAUCCCCCAUUGACCGAUUAGGGUCGUGGGUAUGGCAACCUUAUAGCUCUGCUCAAGUCGACAGCGGCGUGGAUGCUAUGAAUCGACUCUCGGCUGCAAUCGAAGCCAGGAUGCCUUCCCGCUCCCAUCUCUCGGUCUCUCGAGAAUCUCCUCUUUUGACCGAUGCCGAACUAGAUGCAGCGUCCGUUCCGGAGAAUUGCUUCAUUCGCUCAGUUCUGUCCAAGGUGAACACGCCCCGCUUCAAAUUCAUUGCACCGGGCUUAGAAGUACCGCACGAUGCCACGGCAUUCGCAGCACGCCAGAAGUUUACCGGCCUACCUCGCCACCCUGAAUCGGGCACGGUUAAAUCACCGGUGUUGAUUUUCGCCAGCAAAAAACGCACGGUCAACUUCAACAAGGAAAUAAGGUGGCUAUUUUUCACCGCUUACGACCCAAUUCCCUACGACAAUCGUGAUCGCAUCCCUGUAGGGCUAUACUCCGAGUUUGCACGUCGAGGAGAGUACGAUGUUGAAGAGGAAGGUUUUCGUCUUUUGCUACCUUUCAAAUUCCGCACGGAGUUUGGGGAUGAACAUCGUGCUAGGAAAAGCGAUGGAACCCUCGUGUCUAGGGGUUCGGUGUCCGAACUUUUCCAGCAUGGGUCUUAUCGCCCAUUCGGGGGUGAAUCGCGGGCUCAACGAUUCGAAAGGCUAAUGGAUCGGUGGCGUGAAUUGGUGGAGAGUGGUGUUUGGAAGGUUGGGAAGAACGGUGUCAAGGGUGAUGUUGAUCAGUUUCGAGAAGCGGACUACGGUUAUUGGAAGGAUUAUUGGAUACCUCCUGGAUGGUGA